CUGCAGGAAGCGGUGCAGCUGCUGGAGGACUACAAGCACGGCACUCUGCCCCCCGGAGUCACCAACAAACAGCUGUGGGGAGCUCAAAAAAUCAAACAGGCCAUCAUCCACCCUGACACCAACGAGACCAUCUUCAUGCCUUUCCGAAUGUCAGGUUACAUCCCCUUUGGAACCCCCAUCGUUGUUGGUCUCCUCCUGCCCAACCAGACUCUGGCCUCCACUGUGUUUUGGCAGUGGUUGAACCAGAGCCACAACGCGUGUGUGAACUAUGCAAACCGCAACGCGAGCAAGCCUUCUCCGACAUCCAAGUUCAUCCAGGGCUACUUGGGAGCUGUCAUAAGUGCUGUCUCAAUAGCAGUGGGCCUUAAUGUUCUGAUCCAGAGAGCAAACAAGUUUACCCCGGCCACUCGGCUGCUGAUCCAGAGGUUUGUGCCAUUCCCCGCCGUCGCCAGUGCCAACAUCUGCAACGUGGUCCUGAUGAGGCACACGGAGCUGGAGGAAGGAAUCGAUGUGUUGGACACUAACGGGAACAUCGUCGGCUCUUCCCGAGUUGCUGCCAAACACGCCCUGCUGGAAACAGCCCUGACCAGAGUGGUCCUGCCCAUGCCUAUACUGGUUCUACCUCCCAUCAUCAUGUCCGUGCUGGAGAAGACGUGGCUCCUGAGGUGCCGGCCCCGGAUGCUGCUCCCGGUGCAGAGCCUCGUGUGCCUGGCUGCCUUUGGGCUGGCCCUGCCCCUGGCCAUCAGCCUGUUCCCGCAGAUGUCCGAGGUGGAAUUCAGAGCACAAAAUGCCGGGAUCACCGAGGUUGGAGGAGCCCUCUGAGAUGACGGAACCCACGCUGUGACCCAUCCCCACCUUGGCCCCAUCGUGGCACCCCCCCUGCAGCCAUUCCCCGAGCCCCAGGCUGGGGUUCCUCUUCCCCCCGGGGUGUUUUCCUGGCCGUGCCUGAACCCAGCCAGCCCCAAAACCUCGGAGCUCUUCUGCGUGUGCCUGGCAGAAAAACCCCCAGACAAUGGGAGGAAAAGCUGCGUCAGAGGCAGGCAGAGCGGAGCAGAGCUGAUCCUCCCUCGGGAGGGAUCCGUGGGAUCUGGAUCUCCUGCACCUUUCCCGGUGCUCUCCCGGCACAAUGCUUCACUUUGUGCCGCAGCACUGAAAGGAAUGGUGAAGUUGCUAAUAAUGGCACUAAAAGAAAAUAUGCUACAUCUGUUAUGGAUAGCAGUACAAAAUUAGCUGAUCACACCUCUGACACCCAAGAUGUCUUCACUUAAAAUACUCGUUGGCUUUACUUUACAUAAUUUGCUGAUUAUAUUUAAAAGAAAUACAAUUUUGCAAUUACUGUU